AUGAAUCGUCAACGGACAGCUAUGGGUAAACCCCCAACAAGGAGUCAUCGCAUUCUCGCUUUGGUUCCACCUGAACAUGGAAGAUCUGAUGCCAGUGAUGAAUCUUCUGGGGAAGAGGGUGAGGAAUCUCAUCUAUUUCGAAAUUGCGUAUUUUCAGACACAUCUUCUGAAAAUCCUUCAAUUGACUCAUCCCUAGAGCGACUGAACUUAUCUGAAGACAAUUUCGGACCCACUCUUGACCCUGAUCAAAAUUUCUUUGCACAGGAAUCAAAUUCAGAAGAUGAAACUGCACCGUCCCAUAUCCGUCGUCCAUGUUUUAUACCCGAAUCUGAUACUGAAUAUGAGCAUUCAUCACCACACAUUCUACAAAACACUAUUUCGCCAAAAACGAAUACCAACUAUGCUGGGGAUGAAAUUCAAGUGAUAUUACCAGAAGAGUCGUCACCCAUUGCAGUAAUGUCUUCUUGCUCAUCCUGGAAUGGAGACUUACCAUCUAUUCCGUCUAAUAUUUCAUCUCUUCCCUCUGGACCGUUUCCUACGCCAUCAACAUCAGCUUACAUAGUUAGGAUUAAAGGCUUCUACAAACCUUUUGAAGCCUUUGUCUACUACUACGGAGAAUGGCUAGAAAUUGGUGGCGAUCAUCAAUCUAUGGCUGACCACGACGAUUUCGAAGAUAAUCAGUACCCCGAUAACGAUGAGUUUGUACCAUACGUUACAGCCGGCAACUUACCUCAAAGAAAUGGCGCGAAAGUUACACUUUGGGGAAAAGUUACUAAAGUUUCGGCAAGUGAAGGCUUCUAUGUCAAAACCGUAGAUGAUCAAGAAAUUCUUAUAAGAUUAAAAAAACCCCUUAGUGAGGCUUUGGAAGGCUGGUAUGAAAUAUACGGAGUGUCUCAGGGCAAAAGUGUUCUUUGCGAUGAAUACGUACCAUUUUCACAUGAUAUGACAAAAAAUAUUGAUACUGAGGGUCAUAAAAGUUUAGCCAAAUUGCUUGCAGCUCUGGAUGACCCCUGGAAUUUAGGAGAACAUCCGAACGCAAUGAAUGGAGUUACACCGAUGGAGUAA